AAAGCCUCUUUGCUAACUCGGUAUUUAUCAGUCCAGGAUUAGACAGUUAAUACAGUGAGCUGAAGUUAUCCUUAGUGACAACACUGUGCUGGAAUUAGCUUGUUGGCUAGGUUAAAUAACCAACGUUAUGCGAUCACAUGAGUUGUAACGACGUUGCUAAGAGAAUAUCUUUAGCUCAGGUGAGAAUGGAAUGGGCGCGUCCCAAAAUAGUUAGUUGGCUAGCAACAUCGUCUGUUGCCCUAUUUGCCUCCUGGCAACAUAUAUCUUCGCCUGCUAGUUAACUAGUUAAAGGGGAAAUCAGCUCAAACUAUAUUUAGGCAUGUUUUUUCUUCGUUAGUCCACUGUUGAUACAGUCCCGAAAUGUUUUGCAUGUCAGCAGUCAAGUUUUGAAGAUAUUGGACUUUCAAGAAGUAAAGUGUGUCACUGACCACAUCACCAACUACCUUUAGCCCUAUUGGACUAUAGUCCGGGGGAAUCAUUACAUUCGUUCUGAACAUUAAAACGCAUCUCUUGCUGUACGGUUUUGGAAACAUAGGAAGAGAUCUUUAACAUCAUCAUAAAAGGUUAAAUUACUACACACCUUUUUUAUAGGGGUAGGGUUAGUGUUCCCACAACGGAAGACAGGGGCGGCCACCUGUGUUGAUUAGCUGUCUAGCGUGCUCUGAACAUCUCUGUGUAUAAGCAUAACUGGGGAGGACGUGCAUGUAGUUCAUCAACUGGAGACACACACAGAGUAUGGAUCUGUGCAAAACUGCUACAGCCAGUCUGUCUGUGUGGGGAUGGGGGGGUCUAGGAGUGGUGCUUUUCCUCAUCACAUUUGGACCCUUCGCUGUCUUCUACCUGGCCUUCUAUAUCUUCUGCUUCGUAGGAGGUGGUUUUGCGGUCACUCUGUUGUUUGGGAAAACCAACUCAGAGAGACAUCUAGAGAGGUGUGAACAAUCCUAUCUUCCGGCCACGCAAACGGGUAUACUGAAGACAUUGGAUGAGAUGAGGCUGGAGCCAAAGCCUAUACAGAUAGACAGGAGACUGACUGGCUCCAACUACAUAGACGAGCCUCUUCAACAGGUCAUCCAGUUUGCGUUGAGAGAUUAUAUCCAGUACUGGUAUUACACUCUGAGUGAGGAUGAUUCUUUUCUGCUGGAAAUCAGACAGACGGUCCAGAACGCUCUGGUACAGUUCUCUACACGGUCUAAAGAUGUGGACUGGCAGCCUUAUUUGACCACCAGACUGGUGGAUGACUUUGCUACUCACCUUCGAGUCUUCAGAAAGGCCCAAGACAGACUGGAGGACAGUAAACAGAGGGACUUGUCGGAGGAGAUGGUGGAGUCAUUCUUUGAGGCGGAGGUGGAGAUGGAGAGGAACAUCUGUAGAGACGUGGUCUGCACAUCCCUGAAGGAUGAAGAAGGGUUCCUGAGGGAUCUGUGUGAGGUACUGCUCUACCUGUUACUACCUCCUGGAGACUUCCACAACAAGAACAUGAGAUACUUCCUCAGGGAGAUUCUGGCGCGAGGCGUUCUCCUUCCCCUGGUCAACCAGCUGAGUGAUCCUGAUUACAUCAACCAGUUUGUUAUCUGGAUGAUCCGGGACUCUGGCUGCAACUACGAGGCUUUUAUGAACAUCUUGAAGCUGACAGACAGAGUGUCUGAACUGGAGGCUGUUAAAGACAAGGCCCUGGAGGAACUACAGUACCUACGAUCACUGGACACCGCAGGAGACGAUAUCAAUGUAAUAAAGAACCAGAUUAACAGUCUGAUGUUUGUGAAGAAGGUCUGUGAGACCAGGAUACAGAGGCUACAGUCUGGGAAGGAGGUGGAUGCUCUGAAACUAGCGGCAAACUUGGGCAAGCUGUGUAUCAUACCACUGGAACACAUUCUGGUACACAACAUUGCUCUGCAGUUCUUUAUGGACUACAUGCUGGCGGCUGGAGCCCAGGCAGAGCUGUUCUUCUGGCUGACAGUGGAGGGCUACCGAGUAACAGCCCAGCAACAACUUGAGGUGAUGGAGGGAUGGCAGAAGGAUGGAAAGAAGGGAGGAGACACUAAAGGACUGCUGAAGGCUGCAGCACUCGGGGUGUAUGAACAGUACUUAUCUGAUAAGGCGUCCCCCAGGGUGCAGGUAGACGAGGCGUCUGUUCUCCAACUGGGAGAGAAGCUACAGAAGGACAGUGACCCCACGCCAGAGAUAUUUGACGACAUCCAGAGAAAGGUGUAUGACAUGAUGCUUCGUGAUGAGAGGUACUACCCGUCGUUCAGACAGAGUCCCCUCUACAUCAGGAUGUUAGCUGAACUGGACAUGCUCAAAGAACCCUCUUAUAGAGGAUCAGAUGACGGAGAUGGAGAAUCGUUCAACGGUUCUCCAACAGGAAGCAUUAAUCUGUCUCUGGAUGACCUGUCGAACUCCUGCCAUGAUGACAAUAUACAGCUACACGCCUUCAUCUCUGAUACAGGGGUGUGUAACGACCACGGCAAGACCUACGCCCUCUACGCCAUCACUGUGUUGCGCCGUAACCACGACGGCAGCGAAGACUCCUGGAAGACCUACCGACGCUACUCUGACUUCCACGACUUCCACAUGAGGAUCACGGAGCAGGUCAAGUUUGAGAAUUUGACGUCGAUCCUGAAGCUGCCGGGGAAGAAGACAUUUAACAACAUGGACAGAGACUUCCUGGAGAGGAGGAAAAAAGACCUGAACUCGUACCUACAGCUGCUGCUGAAUCCAGAGAUGGUGAAGGCCUGUCCUACUCUGGUUCACUACGUCUACGACUUCCUGGAGAAUAAACAGUACAGCAAGGGGAAGGGAGAUUUCGCACGCAAGAUGGAUACGUUUGUGAACCCACUGCGUAGCUCGAUGCGUAACGUGUCCAACGCUGUGAAGGGCCUGCCAGACAGUCUGGCUGGAGGGAUGAACAAGGCUGCUGACAACAUGGGACGCAUGUCUGAGAAACUGGGACAGGACAUCAAACAGUCCGUGUUCAAGGUGCCUCCACUGCUCCCCAAGUCUGACUUUGACCCAGAGCACUGCCGAGUCUCGGCCCAGCUGGACGACAACGUAGAUGAUAACAUCCCCCUGCGUGUGAUGCUACUGUUGAUGGAUGAGGUGUUUGACCUGAAGGAGAGGAACCAGUGGCUUCGCAGGAACAUCAAGAACCUUCUGCAGCAACUCAUCAGAGCCACAUACGGAGACACUAUCAACAGGAAGAUCGUGGAUCAUGUGGACUUCAUGACAGCUCCAGAACAGGUGGCCGACUACGUCAAGAAGUUCCGGGAUUCGUACUGGCCCAACGGAAUCCUGGCCGAGUCUCCACCCCGCAGGGACAAGAACAUCCGCAUGAGGACGAGGGUCGCGGCCAAGACCAACCUAUUGGGAAUCAUGCCAGAUGAGAUGAAGCACAUCAUCGGGGCGGAUACGACUCGUAAGGGAAUCCUGCGUGUGUUUGACAUGUUCCAACACGGACCAAUGAAUCGUCGGCUGGUCUACGUGCUGCUAGAAGGGUUCCUGGAGACCAUGUUCCCUCACUACAAGUUCCCUGAGCUGUUUGUCAAACUGCACUCCCGCUCGCCGCGCACAGCCAGAUACACACAGAAAGUCAAGAGCACCUUCCUGAAGAGGUGACAGGAGACUGGAACUGGGCAGGGUACCAGGUGACACACGGCGUGAGAGAAGAGGGAGGAGAGUUGUGGGGAGGGGGUGUGUGUGUGCUGUUGAGAAGAGGUUAACGCGUGUGUGUGUGCUGUUGAGAAGAGGUUAACGCGUGUGUGUGUGUUCUGCCCUCUCGCGAAGGGAUUGUUGGGACCAUCCUAGUUGUUAACUCUGCCCUGCUCUCCACUUCCCCUACGUGCCUCACAAACACACUCCUGUAGCACGAACAAACUGAUUUGGGUUUUAUUUUUUGUUUUAUGCUAACUGUUUUAUAGUAGAUGUGUUGUCAGACUGGGAGAGCUGCUCUGAUAUGCCCAGCAGGUGAUCUCACUUCCUGAUACCAGGCCACGUAUACAGAAAUACAUGUACCGGUAUAGAAAUAGAUUGAUAGGGGAGGGGGGAAUAUGGCCUAGAGGAUGCCAUGGGUAGUGAGACAUGAAAGCGAGAAGGGAAGUGUCAACCACACCCGGUUCUGCAAGGCGUUUGUUUGUCACGUUUUGUCAAUGUGACAUCAUCGUCUUGUCAUAAGGACACGAGGAGGCUGAGUUUGAUCUAAAGUCCACUCCCCCUUUUUAAUGCGCCUGUCAGUAGCCAUGACAACCACAGCCCUAACUGUUUGUUUGUUUGUUGACGGGGAUGAUGGACAGCUCUACUGUGCUUCAUGUUAAUCAUGUGGAAAGCAGAAUGAACCGCUCCCCUGCCUGUGAGGCCUGGGUAAUGGCCUGGGUAAUGGCCUGGGUAAUGGCCUGGGUAAUGGCCUGGGUAACGGCCUGGGUAACGGCCUGGGUAACGGCCUGGGUAACGGCCUGGGUAACGGCCUGGGUAACGGUCUGAAAUGGCCCAUUCUAAUGGACUGACACAGUCUAAUAGUAAUCCACUACAUUUUGGAAUGAGACAGAAUGAAAUGACAGGGCAGACUGUGAAUGUUGCUGUCUGUAGAAGCAACCGUCUGUCGAGUAGAAUGUACUCGCGUGUGUGUGUUUGAGAGAGUGUGUGUGUGUGUGUUUGAGAGAGUGUGUGUGUGUGUGUGUGUGCGUGGCAGUAAGAUGCAGCCCUCCCCAGUCAGACACUGUGCCAGUGUGGGCCCAUGCUAUAGUAUCAUACCACUAAGUAACAAAGAGAAAACACACUGAUAUCCCUGCUUUAUCACAUUUUCAUUCAGAGAAAAAUUUCAUUUUGUGCAAUAUUUUUAUUUGAUCCAUGAGUUUUUGAAUAAUUGUAUAAAAAUUGAAAAAUUGUAGAAAAGGUGAGUUCCCCUCCCCCCCUCCCUUCCCAAAGAAAUUCUAACCCAACAUUCCGUUGUAAAAAAACAAAAAAUCUACUUUUAAUUGCAGACUCGUUUUAUACGUAUUUUUUUAUUAUUUUUUACUCCUGAUGAAUGUGGUUUCCAUGCCGAUGUGUCAGCAAGAGUGAAGAGUAAUCUAGCCAGUCGCUAAAGCCUCUGGACGGGAAGCUAUAGUUCAUUGGUCUAGAGAUAUGGUGGAAGGACUUAUUAUGCAUAUGAACCUGUUGAUUGGAGAGUGAACAGAAAUGAUUCACUGUUGUAUGAACCAAUGACAGGAGAGACUUUGGAUCAUCUGUCCAAUCAAAUCGCAGGAAAGCCAUGUUUCUGUAAAAUCACUGCUAAGUAACGCUUAGUACCGGAGUUAUUUCAUUCGCCGAACAGAGCUCCAUUCCACUGCUGCCAUUGGAUGGAACUGUCCCUCGUCUGCUGUGAUUGGCUGGCACUGAACCGCUCUAGACCUUGAUUGGCAGUGUGAGGACAUGAAAUCUGAGCUAUGUGACUUUUAAAAGGAAGUGGAUAUUUGUUCGCGGACAGGAAAGGUGACAAGGGGAACCCCACAGGACGUCAUCUUUAAAGCCUCCACUCUCUCCCAUUCAGGAUGGCUCGGCUAUUGAUGUCCACAGGGUUUACCCCACGUCAACAUGGUCCUGCGUUGUAUUAAUCAUUAAAUGAACGGGGCACAGAAUCUAACGGAGGAACACAAUCUGAGACAACACAGCAAGCAUCAUGUACAUUUGAAUGAAGCGUUGCUAUGAAAAGCCGGGAUCUCCUAGUACAUUAUGAAUCUAUGAUAAUGAACCCUGUGCAUAUCUGUGUACAGUACGUGUCUAUAGUGUGCCUAAAUGUUCCGUCAACUCUAUUUUAAUAUUUUUCUUUAACAAAAGAUGAGGAUCAAAAAGAAUGUCAUGGUCAUUUUAGACUGAAGAGAACUCUAAAGACUCUGGAGCCAGAGAACUCUAAAAGACUCUGGAGCCAGAGAACUCUAAAAGACUUUGGAGCCAGAGAACUCUAAAAGACUCUGGAGCCAGAGAACUCUAAAAGACUCUGGAGCCAGAGAACUCUAAAAGACUCUGGAGCCAGAGAACUCUAAAAGACUCUGGAGCCAGAGAACUCUAAAAGACUCUGGAGCCAGAGAACUCUAAAAGACUCUGGAGCCAGAGAACUCUAAAAGACUCUGGAGCCAGAGAACUCUAAAAGACUCUGGAGCCAGAGAACUCUAAAAGACUCUGGAGCCAGAGAACUCUAAAAGACUCUGGAGCCAGGGGUAGGUUCUAGAAGCUGGGGUGGUCAACCCUCCUCCUGGAGAAUGUUUUUCUCCAACCCUGCUCUAUUCUAACACACCCAAUUUAACCAAUCAAGGUGUUGAGGAGGAGCAGCUGUUUAGCAGGACCAGGUGUGUUAGAGCAGGGCUGGAGCAGAAUCCUGCUCAGGAUGGGUAGCUCUCCAGGAGAACAGUUGGAGACUCCUGUUCUGGGGUGUUUUUUUGCAUCAUGCUUAUCAAACUAUUCCUUUGGAAACGCUGAACUCAGAUCAGUAUAACACUAAUAAUAAAAUGGUAACUGACCACUGUGUGGCAUGUUGUUCUUGAGUGAUCUCUCUCCACAGUGCCCUGGUUCUUCACACUCUCUCUUCAUUUUCAAUUGAAGGGGCUUUAUUGACAUGGGAAACAUAAGUUAACAUUGCCAAAGCAAGUGAAGUAGAUAAUAAACAAUUAAAAUUAACAGUAAACAUUAUACAUUAUACAAAAGUUCCAAAAGAAUAAAGAAAUUUUAAAUGUC